AUGGAAAGCAGGCCGGUAAGCGGUCAGGUUGCUGAGACUGCCAUCAGAUUUCAGGACUCGCCUCGCUUGCUGCUCUUCUGGCCGGUGGAUGGCUCGUAUCGAACGGUGAAGCAGGUCAAAAAGAAUCUGGACUACGUCAAGUCAACUUUAGGUGCUGGUUGCUGUGACGUCUUCCUGGCGCAUUACAAAGGUGACGCGAAGCUAUUUGGAGAGGAGUGGUAUCGCCAGAAUGUCGUUGGAAACCUGAGUGGCACAGGAUACAAAUUCAAGUUCAUGCAAGCAGCCUACAACAAGGCUCAAUUUGAGGAGCCUUGGGAGACCAAGUACGACUUCGUGUGGGGCUUGGAUAGCGAUGUCGACCUCACAGGCACGAACCUCACGAAGCUCUUUCGGAUGGUGAAGCAGAGCAACGCCUUGAUCGCCGGGCCCACCUUUGUGGGUGCAGGAGUGAAUCAGAGACAUCCUGGAGGUGACCUAAAACGACGGAAGGCGCGGCCGCAAGCCCACCAGGUUGCUGAGGUGACGCCAGAUGGAUCCCGUGCCCUACUGCUGGACUUUGAUCGCAGCAACGACAAACACGUCACGGCCGAGGUCUCUAUGUCGCAGGAUAGCCAUGAUGUUGGAAGCACUUCAGGUGCUGCUAGCUCCAUUUGGCGCUUCGAACGACCGGAUCCCAACUGCGACUAUCGCCAUACGGAUUUCGUGGAGCUCACGGCGCCCAUUCUGACCAUGGCUGCCCUGCCCAUGAUCUUCAACGACUGUAGCAAAUGCAUCCACGACAAAUCUGAUUGGGGUUUGGACAUGGUGUGGUGCAACUUUUUAGCCUCCGAAGCAAAGCAAGCGAGUGGUUGUGCAUUGAUUGAUGCCACACCGGUGAACCACCUCAAUUGGAAGCAGGCCUUACCUUCGAAGGUCUUUUAUGAAGCCAACCGAGAGGUGCAUCGCAAGUACCGUCGCUUCUGGUCACAUUUCAAGACCUUAAGCUGCGUGGUGGUCGAGCCCGCAGUGGUCAUCCCACCCAUGCAGGGCUUAAACCUUGGACAUCGCCUGGUGCGCAAAGAAUCAGGAUAGAGUCAUGCCGCGACGUGAAACAUCUGACCGCAGCCCGCCGCAAGAUCCACGGCAGACACAACUGGCAAUCGCGGCAG